CAACAGUAUACCUUCGAUUAACAGUGCUCACGGGUCGGUUGAUGGGGGAAGGGCUCUCACACAACGACUCAUGGCGGAGAUCACCACAUCUUACACUCGGCUCGAUCACACCGCCAAACCCGCGUCUUAUCAUGGACACAAGACGUCACGAGCGCCGCUGAGAUUGCGGACACAUUGGAUGUUCCGUUUCGGAUUUUAUUGAGUCCCAGAGAGCCAGCUGCAUUCAUACACGGUGUCCUCGCCAGGCCCAGGAGGCUGUGAAUUAUUCUUAAAGGAACUGGACAACAAACAGGGGAAAUGGCUGCGACCACCGGCUUCUCCUCCAAUGGUCCCUGGACACUGAGUGACACCGAGGUGAAUAAUCUGUACCGGGAUCUCGAGCUGGGCACUGUAUUGACUCUCUUUUACUCUAAAAAGUCUCAAAGACCCGAGAGAAGGACGUUUCAAGUCAAACUUGAGACCAGACAGAUUAUCUGGACCAGAGGAACGGAUAAAAUUGAGGGGGAAAUUGAUAUUCGGGAGAUUAAGGAGAUUAGGACGGGACAGAAGUCACGUGACUUUGAGCGGUAUGUGGAGGAUUCGACGGCUCGGACGGAUCAGGCCCACUGCUUCGUCAUUCUCUACGGGACGGAGUUUCGACUCAAAGCACUCAGUCUGGCUGCGACGUCAGAUGAGGAGAUGGUGAUGUGGGUGAAGGGAUUGAACUGGCUGAUGUCAGACACGCUCCGCUCCCCCACACCCCUGCAGAUAGAGAGGUGGCUUAGAAAACAGUUUCAUGCAGUGGAUCGCAACAGGGAAGACAGAAUUUCCUGUAAGGAUUUGAAAAGUAUGUUGUGUCAAGUCAACUACAGAGUUCCCAACAUGAGGUUCUUACGAGAGAAACUUCCGGAUGGAGAGCUGCGGAAUGUAGAUGUAUCGUACAGUCAUUUCGCUCAGUUGUACCGCAGUCUGAUGUUUGACGCACAGAAAUCAAUGGAGAUUCCUCUGCUGCAAAGGUUUAUUGAGAGACCUGAGCAGAAGAUCUCUCUGGAGGACUUCCAGAACUUCCUCAUUGAACAUCAGAAGGAGCUUUGGGCCACAGAUGAUAACAAAGUGCAGGAGUUCAUGUUUCAUUACCUGAAGGAUCCUCUACGAGAGAUUGAACAGCCGUACUUUCAUCAGGACGAGUUCCUUACUUAUCUGUUCUCUAAGGAGAACACUAUCUGGGACUCUCAGCUGGAUCAGGUGUGUCCAGAGGACAUGAACAACCCCCUUUCCCAUUACUGGAUCUCCUCAUCACACAACACCUACCUGACAGGAGACCAGUUUUCCAGCGAGUCGUCUCUGGAGGCGUAUGCGCGCUGUCUGCACAUGGGCUGCAGAUGCAUCGAGUUGGACUGCUGGGACGGUCCUGACGGGAUGCCCGUCAUCUAUCACGGUCACACGCUUACCACAAAAAUCAAGUUCAGUGACGUGCUUCACACCAUCAAAGAACAUGCUUUCGUCACGUCUGACUAUCCCAUCAUUCUCUCCAUUGAAGACCACUGCAGUAUAGUCCAACAGAGAAACAUGGCCACCUACUUCAAGAAAGUGUUUGGAGAGAUGCUCUUGACCAAAGCAGUGGACAUCUCAGCGGACGGUCUGCCCUCGCCCAAUCAGCUCAAGAGAAAGAUCCUUAUCAAGCACAAGAAGUUAGCUGAAGGCAGUGCGUAUGAGGAGGUCUCGUCUUCAACACCUUACUCUGAGAAUGACAUCAGCAACUCCAUCAAGAACGGCAUACUCUAUCUGGAGGACCCCAUCAACCAUGAGUGGUAUCCACACUUCUUUGUUCUGACCAGCAAUAAGAUCUAUUACUCUGAAGAGACGUCCAGCAAUCAAGGGAACGAGGAUGAGGAGGAGCAUAGAGAGGUCUGUAACGGGAUGGACCAACAUGUAAUGGAGAAGUGGUUUCACGGUAAGCUGGGUGCAGGGCGUGACGGGCGUCAGAUCGCAGAGCGUCUGUUGUCUGAUUACUGUCUGGAGACCGGAGCUCCUGACGGAUCAUUUCUGGUGCGCGAGAGUGAGACGUUUGUGGGCGACUACACACUUUCUUUUUGGCGAUCCGGACGAGUCCAGCACUGCAGGAUUCACUCUCGACAGGAAGCUGGAAGCCCAAAGUUCUACCUGACAGAUAAUCUGGUGUUUGACACGCUGUUUGCGCUCAUCAUACAUUACCAGCAGGUGCCUCUGCGCUGCAACGAGUUUGAGAUGAAGCUGACGGAGCCAGUGCCGCAAACAAAUGCUCACGAGAGCAAAGAGUGGUAUCACGCAUGUCUCUCCCGCAGUCAGGCUGAAAACAUGUUGAUGAGAGUGCCGCGUGACGGGGCUUUCCUAGUGAGGAAGAGAUCUGAAUUCAACUCAUUUGCCAUUUCCUUCCGAGCGGAGGGGAAGAUAAAACACUGUCGUGUGCAGCAGGAGGGGCAGACGGUGGUUUUGGGCACAUCUGAGUUUGACAGUUUAGUGGAUCUAAUCAGUUACUAUGAGAAACAUCCGCUGUACCGCAAGAUGAAGCUGCGUUACCCCAUCAAUGAAGAGACACUGGAGAAGAUUGGAACUGCUGAGCCUGAUUAUGGAUCUCUGUAUGAGGGUCGUAAUCCUGGAUUUUAUGUGGAAGCCAAUCAGAUGCCCACAUUCAAGUGUACAGUCCGAGCAAUGUAUGAGUAUAAAGCCCAGCGUGAUGACGAGCUCUCCUUCAGUAAGAAUGCCAUCAUUCAGAAUGUGGACAAACAGGAAGGAGGCUGGUGGAAGGGAGACUUUGGCGGUAAGAAGCAGCUGUGGUUCCCUGCAAACUAUGUUGAGGAGAUCAGCUCUACAACCGUGGAGCCCGACAGAUCUGCGACGGAGAACAGUCCUCUUGGGGAUCUGUUGAGGGGAAGUGUGGACGUGUCUUCCUGUCAGAUUGUGGUGAGACAAGAAGGGAAGGGCAGCAGAACGUUUGUCUUCUCUCUGGUUCCCGUGGCUUCACCGCGUACAGGUCCAGUGCUGGACAUCGCUGCCAGCUCACAGGAAGAGCUGAAGGACUGGGUGGUGAAGAUCCGAGAGGUCACAAUGACCUCUGAAGCCAAGCUUGAAGAAGGUAAAAUGAUGGAAAGAAGAAAGAAGAUUGCGUUAGAGCUGUCAGACCUCGUCAUCUACUGUCGGCCGGUUCCUUUUGAUGAAGACAAGAUUGGGACGGAGCGGGCCUGUUUCCGGGACAUGUCCUCUUUUCCAGAGACCAAAGCAGAGAAAUACGUGAACCGCAUCAAAGGGAAGAAGUUCCUGCAGUAUAACAGGCUGCAGCUGUCACGCAUCUACCCGCGAGGACAGCGGCUGGACUCCUCUAACUAUGACCCGCUACCCAUGUGGCUGUGCGGCAGUCAGCUUGUGGCCCUUAACUUCCAGACCGCAGACAAGCCAAUGCAGAUGAAUCAGUCUCUGUUCAUGCUGAAUGGCAGGAGCGGUUACGUGCUGCAGCCACCAAUCAUGAGAGAUGAUAACUUUGACCCAUUUGAUAGACACACACUGAGAGGAGUCGAGCCAUUCACACUCAUCAUAGAGGUUUUGGGAGCACGCCACCUGCCCAAAAACGGUCGAGGUAUCGUUUGCCCUCUCAUCGAGAUCGAAGUUUGUGGAGCAGAAUACGACAAUGCCAAGCAGAGGACUGACUCUGAAGCGGACAACGGCCUGAACCCCACCUGGCCCAGGAAGCCCUUCAGAUUCACUGUAUAUAAUCCUUCCUUCGCAUUCCUGCGCUUUGUGGUUUAUGAGAUCGACAUGUUCAAUGACCAGAACUUCCUUGCUCAGGCAACAUUCCCCAUCAACUGUCUCAAAACAGGCUACCGGUCAGUUCCUCUGAAGAACAGCUACAGUGAGGAUCUUGAGUUGGCAUCUCUGCUGGUGCAUAUGGACAUCAUUCGAGGAAGGGUGGGCUAUGAGAUCAUACAUGAGAACGGGGAGAUGUUGAGUCCAUUCUCGGCGGCGGGAGCAAUGGUGAUGGCCAUGCAGGUGGGACGGGAGCGUAUGGGCGACUCAAGCUCUGUUUCUUCCACCUCCUCCAUGUCACCGUUGCCCUCGUCUCCAGCACAGGUGCUGGGAUACCGCGGUAGAGAGGGCUCCUUCGAGACCCGAUACCAGUCUCCUAUCGAUGAAUUCAGAGUUUCACAGGAGGUACUAUUUGACCAAGAAAACAGGAGGAUACGCAGGGCACGUGUCAGCGCUGACAACCGCGCGUAAACCCACCAGAUGAGCGUACGACUGAUGGACAGAGACAGACGCGAGGCUAGCGAUAAGGUUCCUCCAGGGCUGAUGUCAAGGACUGCCGUGAAACCCGUUUCUAUGGAAAUAUCAUAGGCAGUGUUCGCGAACCGAAAUCCCUCUUUUUCGUGACUCUCUCGCACUCUGAGCUGGGCGAGUGGCUAGGGGCCUCGCGGAGUGUCUGCGCGGUAAUGGAGCCUUCGCUCACGGACAAAAAUGAACAAAUAUCUGCUUAGCUACAAUCUAAAACUGUGGCGGAAUGGAACAGGGUGUUCUGAUCCAGUGCAAAAUGCAUGGACAGCAGUUUGGUGGAUGACAAAAGGCCAAUGUUUCAAAAUUGAGUGGGAGCUGUAUCAUUCACUACUUUUGAAACCGAUUCCAGGUUGACAUUUAUGGAGUAAUAAUACUGUCUUUAUGCUAUCUCUCUCUCUGGCUUGUAUAUGAAUCUAUAAAUGUGCAUUCCCCAUUUUGCUGUUAAAGAGCUACUAACUUUUUUUACUUGAUUUCAAAAUGAUUAUUUUUAUUAUUUAAACAUCUGUUUUAAACUUACAUAAUGUUAUUGUUUUUUCUAUACAAGUAUGUUUUCUAACACGAUGGCUUGGCCUUUAUAAUUGCGUUUCUCAAAUUCUUUCUCCUUCCCUCUGUCAGAUGGACUAAAGUGUUUGACCUAUUCCAAAAUGCUUGUGUUCUUAUGUUUUUAAACAGGCAGGUGAUGAAAUAUUGAAGAGUCUCAAAUAAUUAUUCUUCAAUGUAAUGUUCUUUAACUCUAGAACAGCUUUUCUUUUCAAUAAAGUCUUUACUGAUGUUGUCAAGAGACCAGAGAACAAUAUCACUCUCCUUGUUUUAGGUUUUAGCCUGUAAUGGGCUACAGGAGUGUUGGAAGCUAAAUAUUGUGCAUUUAGUUUACGGAUCGGAACUUGAAUCAUCUCAAUUCAGAAUGUUUUAUCCUUUACAAAACUAUUUCUGUGAUUUUGACGUUAUGAUGCCUCCAUGUUUUAGCACUCAAAAUAUAUGGUUCCUGACACUGUUUUAAUACAUCUUAUCAGCUCAAAUACGUUUUAUGUAUUAUUUAGUACCAUUAGUAGUUUGUUAUCUUCUGAGUCUGUUGAAAGAAAGCUGAAGGUAAGCAGUCCAGGUGACUAAUAUCGUCACCUUCCUAAAAUAAUGUCCUCUGUAAUUUUUGGUCAAAAAAUAUUUUUGGGCCUAAUCAUCUCAUGAUAUUUGGUUCAGUUUUCUGAAACACCUGAAAAAAAUUACUUCUAACAUUAUUUUAGGAAGGUGAUGAUAUGAGAAAUUGGGACCAAAAAUGUUUAACUCAGUAUAUUGGAUAAGCAGAACACCUUGAGCUUUCAACUGUCUGAGAGGAGAACUUUGGGAUUUGUUGAUAAAUUGGCCAACUUUUGUGUUAUUGUAGCUGUGUAAAAGAGUAGAAGGGCAUUUUUGCUAAAUCUGCAAAUCUUUGUUUAGAUAUAUUUAUCUUGUGCCAAGCAGUCGUUAUAGUCGUUGGUUUUAUUGUGCCAUAUUAUUUCUCUGAUACAGGUUAUGUUAGUAACAGAUAAACAAGACUGCUACAUUUUAGUAUUUACAAUUGAUGUACAGUUACUAAGGCCAUAUUUAUUGUAGGAGCUCAGCAGUUCUCAUGUUAAGCCAGUAGAGGCUGAGAUAUGUCGCUGUAUAGUUCUGAAAAUAAUCGUUUAGUCGUACAGCCAUAGAAGCCAUUAUCAUGGUUUUUCCGCAUAAUUCUCCAUCACUGAUGCUUUUCCUGGCUCUCCAUUUGACCUUGUUUUUACAAUUUAAUGCAUUGCAGACCUUAUUAAGAACUAUUGGAUUCUCUUUUUGCAUUUUGGCUGCUAGGUGAUGCAACUGUCAUUGCAAUAUUCGAUUCGGUGCAUGACUGCUUUUGGUCUGAAAGCAUUUGAUCUAGAAGUUGAAUCCCAAAGCAAUGUUGUGUAUAUUUACCUGAUAGGGCAUAUGCAAAAUGCUGAUUAAGAUUAAAAUUGUGUUUAAUUCAAGCGAUUGAUUUCAUGUCAUGCAUAAAGUUUUAUGUACAUCAAAUUUGCAUGAUAUUCUCUAGACAUACAGGGACCAUAAUGACUUCCUGAGCUUUUAAGAGGGGCCAAACUCAUUUUGAAGGAAUUUCACUCUUCCUCCUGCAUUCAUUGCUUAUUGCCUUCAGUGUUAAAUCCCUUUCCCUAUACUGACAUAGCCCUUCUCAUUCUGUAAAUAAUUUUUUUGCAUCAACUUUCAUGUGCCUUUGUGUAUAUGUAUGCAUCAACGAAAGAUCCCCCUGCUGGACAUGUAUGACUUUUCUAUGCUUUCUUGCAUCAACAUGUUAAAACUGUUCUUAUUUACAAACCAAGCCUUUUCUGUAAUGUGCCUAUGCUAUAUUGGAGGAAGUAUACAUUUUUAAUUUAGCUUUUCAUAUGAAACAUAAUCAAGCCUGAGAAUAAAGUACUUAUUCAA